CUAGAAGCCCAGAGUUUUGAGAUCUCAUUUAAUGUAAGCAAAGAUUCUAAUAGAAAAUAAAGAAAUUCAGACAGCAGAAUUGUCAGUCUUAUUCAGCGACUGCUACAUUUAUACUGACAAAAGUAAUGCAUUUUUAUUUGCUUUCCCUUUAUCUGCACUCCUUAUCAAACAAGAAUUAGGGACUAGAGUGCACAUGACAACAUAUGAUCAGCAUCUCACAUUUAGUGCGAGAUAAUGGAUGUCUCUGCAUAACAAUAAGCUAGAUAAAAGAAUCCAUGCAUCCAUGACAUGCUGCACAUUUGAUACAAAUAAACUGACAUAUGAAUGCUGUCAUUGUGAGUUUUUCAUUUUAGAACAAUGCUUUCUUUUUUAAAGCAGUACAUUUCAAUUUGUUUUGAAAAUUAUGUUUUCCAUCCUCUUUAAAAAGAAAAUGACUGUGGUUGAAACACUCUAAAGAAAGAUCUGAAGUAAUGUUGACAAUAUCAUUUUUUUUAAGUAACAUUAAUUAAUAGUGGAAAAAUAAAAGCAUAUAAUGGAAAAAUGUAUGCACUUCUAUUGUACAACUGAUCAUAAGAAAAACAACAACAAAAAACAAGAGGUUGGACAUUCAAGUAUGCAGUUAUUACAGAGAAACUGUUUUGUAAAGACCCCAAAAGUAGUUUUGAACAAACUGAGUACCGACGUUUAAUUAUUAUUAUUACAUUAUAUCUUCACUAAUCAUUUUAUCCUGGUCAGGUUUGUCAUGUUUUAAAUGUACUGUAAAUCCUCUGGAUAGAAUUCAGGAAUACACCUAAGGCAGGAUGACACCACACUCACACACACACACACACACACACACACACACACACACACACACACACACACACUCACCACUGAGACCUGGGGCAAUUAGAAUGGAUUUGCCAAUCCAUUGAACUUCAGAUUCCGGAGUCACAAAAAGACGGCACUUCAAAGAUAUGUAUUUCUUGCUUUUGCAAGGAAAAGCAGGCAGGGUGAUUAUAUUCACAGAAAAGUUGUCACUUAUAUCCAAAGUGGGAUUAAGGAUUAAAGGAUAAAGGACAAAACUGAACACUUCAAGGUUAUGGGUUUUGCACAAGGGCCCAACAGUGUUUAUAUGUAUCACAGAAAUAAAAUACAAAAAGAUUCAAAUGUCAUGUGAAACUUUGUCUUGAUAGAGUAUAUGUAAUCUUUUAGUCAACAUUUGGGACAUAUCAAGCUAUGUCUAAUGGCGUUCUGGAAAUCUUCUGCCAAGUACUUUUGCAGUUUUUCUCAGGUUGAAAUGUAAAAUUAGUAUUUUUAUUUUCACUGAAGUCAUAAUUAAGCAGGUGUCCUUGGUUCCUUGGUUAGGUGUAUAUAAGAGAGUGUGUGUAUAUCUUGCAAUGGACAUCAAUCCAGCGUGCAUUCCUGCAUCAUACCAAGUGCUCCUGGAAUAGGCACUUGAUCGGUCAUGAGCCUUCCCAGGACUGGAGAUGCUUGAAUAAAAAAAUACGUUAUGAGUAAGGGAUUUUGUAGCUUCGCAUGGUAAAACAAACCCUAAUUAUAAAUCAGAAUGAACUGCCAAUCACACGGGUUUGCCCACUCCGCGCGCUACGGGGGGGAGGGGGAGUAAGUGAGCGCGCGCGAUUGUAUAAAAGCGGGUGAUCAGCUGUCAGAUGGUGUUCUGAGAGUCACGGAGAGGAACCGAUACAAAAAAUCCGUAAAGAUGCAUGAAAAGAAGUGAAUGAUGCAAAGGUUGCACAAGGCACCUGCGCUUUUCUCCGAUAGCAUGGGGGAGAUUUUAAACUCCAGCUGCUGGGCGACGCCGAACAAGAAUAUAACACAUCUGGACAAGUUCAGCAGUCUGGAGGACAUCGACCUGAGCGCAGAUGGAAGUCUUAUCCUAAGAGUUCUCAUCUCGUCGGUUUACUCGGCGGUGUGCGCUGUGGGUCUGGUUGGCAACCUGCUCGUGUUUUUCCUGAUGAAGACGAAGCUGGGGAAGAGGAGAAGGAAGAGAUCUGUGAUCAACUUUUUCGUGGUCAACUUGGCCGUGACCGACUUCCAGUUCGUGCUCACGUUGCCGUUCUGGGCUGCCGAGGCGGCGCUGGACUUCAGCUGGCCCUUCGGUAACGCCAUGUGCAAGAUCGUGCUGUCGGUCACCGUGAUGAACAUGUACGCCAGCGUGUUUUUCCUCACGGCCAUGAGCGUGAGUCGGUACUGGUCAGUGGCGUGCUGCGUGCGUGGUGGAGGCGCGCGACGCCGGUUCACUUCGAUCAAACGCGUGUGCGCGGCGCUCUGGGUGCUCGCGAGCGUCGCCACGGCGCCCACGGCCGUUUUCGCCACGGUGACAGUGGUGGCCGGCGAGAGGCUGUGCCUCCUCCGCUUUCCCGAAGGCCACCCAUGGCUCGCGCUUUACCACCUCCAGAAAGUCGUGCUCGCCUUCAUCUUACCCAUGAUCACCCUCUCCAUCUGCAACGCGCUACUCCUGCGCUUCGUGCGCCGCAGGAUCGUCGCCAACACCAGCCGCCCGAAGAGACGGUCUAAAGUCACCAAAUCCGUGAUCGUCGUAGUUCUUUCGUUCUUCGUCUGCUGGAUGCCAAAUCACGCCAUCACGCUUUGGGGCGUGCUCGUGAAAUUGAACGCGGUACGCUGGGACAAGACCUACUAUAUGGUCCACACGUACGUGUUCCCGCUCACUGUCUGUCUCGCUCAUGCGAACAGCUGUUUAAACCCGGUAUUAUACUGCUUAAUGCGAAGGGAGUUCAGGAAGAAGCUGAGGAACCUCUUCUGGAGACUUUCCUCUCCGGCUUUCACCAAAGCGCGCGCCUCUGGAGGUGCCGUAGACAGAGACACAGCUUAAGUGAGAUUUGACUGUGUGAAAUGUCUAAUUUACUCCAACAUACCUCUGUAUUACAACGUGCACUUGGAUAGAAUAGAAGAGCUUGUGAUGCGCAGAAGAGAAUGCUUUCCAUCCUAUCUAUCUACCUUUGGUGUGAGUCAAAUCUGAAUAAAACAACAUACUGAACUAAGCAGCAUUAAUGCAUACACUGAUGCGCAUCGCCUAAUCUGACCUGUAAAUACAAACAGAAAUAAUAAAAGAUAUGUUUUGAAUGGUUGGUUUUGUUUCUACUGUUACAGAG